AUGCCGUGCAUGGAGCACUCCAGCAUUCCAGCAGGCUUCGCGUUCGUGAACUUCGCCUCGCCGCAAGACGUGCACACCCUCUGCGGCGCGGUGGUGCGCGGGCUGUGGCGGGAAGUGUGCCGCAAGUCCCCGAAGAGCCCGCCGUCCGUCAGCUACGCCCGCUUCCAGGGCCACGUCGACCUGGUGCAGCACUUCAGCGUCUCGGCCGUGCUGCAGGAGCAGGACCCCGAGAGGCGCCCGAUUUUCCGGCCGGAGGUGCUCCUUUCUUCGGCCAGCGUCGCUGGCCCGAGCACGGCCAGGAAGGUCUUGAGCACGUGCGGCCCGCCAGGUUUAGCAGACGAUGCCGAGGUCUCCAACCUCGCCGACCCAGCGGUGAAGGAGCAGGCACCGGGAGUGCCGGCAAGCAAGCACAUGCAGGAGUCGUCGGCGGUGGCGCUCCUGCGCGAGAAGUCGCGUGACACAAUGCAGGCGGAAUCCGAGGAGGAAACCUAUUCCAAGGAGAAUGAGCGUCUUGCCUUCGAGGACAAGUAUACUGCCAAGGAAGUCUCAAUGCCCGAUGACUCGGAUAGCAUCUAUAUAAACGGUACCAUGAUCAGUCUCUGA